ACCGUCUCACACCUCUAUAAAUUACUUGGGAAAUUAGUACUCCAUAGCAAACUCAUUUUGCUUCUCCAUGGCUACUUCACAAAAAGACUUGUUCAUGUCUACAAUUCUCAUGGUGGGGCUUCUCAUCAUAACCAUCUCUAUUCACUCAACAGUUGCUGAGGUAGGUGUCUGCUAUGGGCGGCUAGGAUCAAAUCUGCCUUGUCCAGAAGAUGUGGUAGCUCUAUACAAGCAGAACGGCAUCAAAAGAAUGCGAAUCUACGACCCCUACAAGCCCACUCUUGAGGCUCUAUGCGGCUCUGGCAUCGAGCUCAUGCUCGGAAUCCCAGAGGCCGAUCUCCCCGACCUAGCCAAACACCAGUCCCAUGCCGACGAAUGGGUCCAGGCCAACAUAGCCAGCUAUCCGGACGUAAAAUUCCGAUACAUUGUGAUUGGAAACGAAGUUGAGCCUUCAUCAGAGUACGGCCCUCUGAUCCUCCCGGCAAUGAAGAACAUCCGCAACGCUCUCUGCGAAGCCGGGCUUGAAAAGCAGAUCGCCGUCUCAACCUCCAUCAAAUUAACUCUUCUCGGAAAUUCGUCGCCUCCGAGCCACGGGGAGUUUCUACCGAAUGUGACGUGGUACAUAAAGCCCAUCGUGGAAUUUCUGAGGGACACAAAUGCCCCUCUGCUUGCCAACGUCUACCCCUACUUCUCCUACAUGCAUGACAUGAAGCACAUCAACCUCUCCUUCGCGCUUCUCCAGCCCGGCUGCGGCGUCGUGCUUGGCGGCGUCUACUACGACAACCUUUUCCAUGCCACUGUCGACGCCGUCUAUGCAGCCAUGGAGAAACUCCUUGCUAAGUCAUCGUCGUCGCCAAUAUCAGGGGAGUUGAAAUCCGAAGCGACACCGGGCGUGACUGUGUCAGAGACUGGGCAUCCCACGGCGAAUAAAAAACCGAGACUACAAAGUGUGAGGGACGGGGAAGGGGGAGGAGAUCCGAGCAGCGUUGAGAAUGCCAGGAUUUACAAUACUAAUUUGAUGCGAGCAGUCAAGAAAGGGACGCCCAAAAGGCCCGGCGUUCCUAUAGAGACGUAUAUAUUCGCUAUGUUCGAUGAGGACGAGAAGCCCGGCCCCGAAUAUGAGAGGCAUUUUGGGAUCUUUCGCCCCAAUCAACAACCUAAAUACCCGCUUUGCUUUACCUAAUAAAAUGUUGUGUGUUGUCUUUAUCGCUUUUGAGUAAUGUAUUCAUGUUUAUAUCCCAUUUAAUUUUGCAGUAAA